AUGCCGCCGGCCCCGGCGCCUCGACGGGGCCCCGCGUCCCCGGGCCCGCGGAUCGCUCCCAUCAAGGGCGGCCGCACGAACGCACAAGCGCGCAGGGGCGGAGGCGGGGGCAAUGGGCGUGUCAGCGGCGGAGUGGCCGAAGCGGGGCGGACGGGCGCGAGGGAGGCGCGCGAGGCGCUGCUGGACAAGGUAAAAGAUCAUCGGCUGCUCCAAGCCCAACUACAGCAAAGAUUGGAAGAUGCUGCAAUUAGUUUGGAGAAGUUGGCCACUCAGGCUGCUCGAAGACGGACAGCAGGGGCCAUGCAUCACGAUGACAGCAGACAAAAUGGGGUCGGUUGCAUCGCUGAGGGAAAAGAGGCAGCUGUUGUUAUGGUUGGUGCCGAGUGUGCACCUUAUUCCAAGACAGGGGGCCUUGGCGAUGUCAUGGGUGCUCUUCCCAAGGCUCUGGCCAAGAGGGGCCACCGCGUGAUGGUGGUGACGCCCAGGUACGCAGACUACAAGUCAGCGCGGCCCACACAAGUCAGAGGAACUUACAGCAUUUUCGGCAUGAACCAUGAGGUGCACUACUACCACGAGCUGAAGGACGGCGUGCACGUCGUGUUUGUGGACCACCCCAGCUACCACAACAGGGGGAGCGACAUCUACAGCGGCUCGCGGCUGGACGUCGCAUUCCGGUGCGCCCUGCUGUCAAAGUGCGCCCUGGAGGCCCCGCGCUGCGUGCCGUGCGGUGACAGCCCAUUCGGCACGGACAACCUGACCUUUGUCGCCAACGAUUGGCAUGCCGCGCUGACGCCGCUGUACUUGGAGGCCCAUUAUCGGGACAGGGGUGAGAUGGCCUGCACCCGCAGUGUCCUGGUUCUGCACAACAUCGCCUACCAAGGGCGGGGCCCCAUGGCGGAGCUGGGCUACUUUGGCAUGCCCUGGCACUACUCGGAGUCGUUCAGACUGUAUGACCCAGUGGGCGGCGAGCACAUGAACGUCAUGAAGGCCGCCAUCAUACACAGCCACAGCAUCGUCGCGGUGAGCCGUGGGUACGCCUGGGAGUGCAAAACCCAGGAAGGCGGCUGGGGGCUGCACGGCGUCCUGCAGGAGCAGGACUCGAAGCUGCGGGGCAUCGUCAAUGGCAUCGACACCUCGGAGUGGAACCCCGCCACGGACGCCUUCCUGACGUCCGGCGGCUACGCCCGCUACGGGCCGCGCAGCGUGUUGGCGGGCAAGGCGGCCUGCAAGGCGGCGCUACAGGGCGAGAUGGGCCUGCCGGCGGAGGCGGGGACGCCGAUGCUGGGCUUCGUGGGGCGGCUGGACCACCAGAAGGGCGUGGACCUGAUCUACGAGAACUUCGAGUGGCUGAUGGGCCGCGGCGUGCAGCUGGUGAUGCUGGGUUCGGGGAACGCGGAGCUGGAGAGCGCGCUGGUGGACAUGGAGCGCAGGCGGCCACGCCAGUGCCGUGCGUGGGUGGGCUUCUCCGUCGAGAUGGCGCACAAGAUCACGGCCGCCGCGGACGUCCUCCUCAUGCCCUCCCGCUUCGAGCCCUGCGGCCUGAACCAGAUGUACGCCAUGGCGUACGGCACGGUCCCCGUGGCCCACCGCGUGGGCGGUCUGAGGGACACCAUAACGCACUACGACAGCGCGGCCGACAAGGGCACAGGGUGGCUGUUUGACAGUGCGGACGCGGGGGCGCUGCGGGGGGCGGUGGACGCGGCGCUGGAGGUGUUCUGCUCGCGGCCGGAGGCCUUCAGGCGGAUGCAGAGGCGCGGCAUGGCGCAGGACCUUAGCUGGGACAGGGUGGCCGUGGAGUACGAGGAAGUCAUCGUGGGGGGUUCCGGCCUUUGA